CACAAAUGUGUCAUUUCCUUUCUUCAUGGGCCAGAUGCUGAGAUACUAUCAGAUAAAGAUUUUAGGUUUCAAUUGCAAAGAGAAGGAAGUGAAUGAAUCAGUGCUGCCUUCUUCACAAUCCAAGUCUCAGAAAGAAGAAUUUAGGCCCUAGUCCUACUCUACUCCAUCCACUUCAUCCAUAGAAGUCAAAUCAUUUAAAGAACACAGUUCUUGGACAGAUCAGCACAGGCAUCAUGGGGCGGCGGAAUAUCUUUCUUGAUCAGCAGGAGGACACUGAUAACUAUUCGGACUCUGUGAAAUUCGAUGCUCGUUCGAUGACAACACUGCUCCCUCCCAAUCCUAAAAACGGCCUCCAAGAGAAAAUGAAGUCCUUCAAAGCUGCACUCAUUGCCCUUUAUCUCCUUGUGUUUGUUGUCCUGAUACCUGUCAUCGGAAUAGUGGCAGCUCAUCUUCUGAAGCGGGAAGUGAAGAAUUGCACAGUUGGUUCAAUUCAUGAGAGUGAUAUAUCUCAAAGUCUGGGAAGAGGAAAUGGCAGUGAAGAUGAAAUAAGAUUUCGAGAGACUGUGUUGGAACACAUCAACAGCAUGGAGAAAAGCAUUCAAUACAUUUCAGCUGCAGAAGCCAACUUCAUAGAUUCAGAAAGCUUCCAAAACUUCAGUAUGACAACUGAUCAAAGAUUUAAUGAUGCACUCCUGCAGCUAAGUACCUUAGUUUCCUCAGUCCAAGAGAGUGGAAACGCAGUAGAUGAAAUUUCCAAGUCAUUAAUAAGUCUGAAUACCACAUUGCUUGAUUUGCAGCUCAACAUAGAAACAUUGAAUAGAAAAGUCCAAGAGGCUACUCUGAAGCAGCUAGAGAAUAUUAGUGCGUUGGAGGAGCAUAUAUACAAUGCAUCAGCAGAAAUUAAGUCUCUGAAAGAAGAACAAGAGCUUGUGGAAGAGGAAUUAAGGAAAGAAUUGAAAGUGCUGAAUAAUGUCACCAAUGACCUCAGACUGAAAGAUUGGGAACAUUCUCUGACACUGAAAAAUAUCACUUUGGUGCAAGGUCCCCCUGGACCUCAAGGAGAAAAAGGAGACAGAGGUCCCCCUGGAGCUGUCGGUAUUCCAGGUUUUCCAGGCCAGAAAGGUCCUCAAGGUCUUAAAGGUGAUCGGGGAGCCGCUGGCUUUCCUGGGAGUAGAGGCUUACCAGGAUCACCCGGAAAUAUGGGCAGGCCAGGAAAUCCUGGACAAAAAGGCCAAAAGGGAGAAAAAGGAAGUGGAACCUCAUUCCCUUUGUCUAAGACAGUUCGACUGGUUGACGGUAGCAGUCCUCACCAAGGCAGAGUGGAGGUCUUCCACCAGGGUCAGUGGGGCACCAUCUGUGAUGACCACUGGGAAAUACGGGCUGCAUCCGUCAUCUGCCGAAGUCUGGGAUACAAAGGCGUUCAAACCGUGCACAAAGCAGCUUAUUUUGGGAAAGGUACUGGUCCAAUAUGGCUAAAUGAAGUAUUUUGUUUUGGGGGAGAAAAAUCUAUUGAAGAAUGUAGGAUCAGCAGAUGGGGUGUGAGAGUCUGUACACACUCUGAAGAUGCUGGCGUCACAUGUACUAUAUAACAUAGCAGAUUUUCACUCACAUUUGUAAAAUCAUUGUUGCGAGAUGUUUUAUUUCUUUGUUCUAUUAAAAUCAAUGCAAUUAGCAUAAAAUACAUUAAGAAUAUUAUUUGCUGUAAGAUAUAUAGACACUGACUUCCUACUUAGGUAGAAACUGUCAAGAUAAUUGUAUCUUUAAUAAGUAAUCUAAAAACGUUUUUGUGAAGGAGAAAAUCUACUGAGCUCAACUCAAUCUAGAAAAGAAUUCACAAUAUUAGUGCAGUUUGGAGGCUCCUGUUACUUUGGAGCAACAAAUAGCAUCAUCUUCUAGGAGAAGACAUUUGAGAUUUGUUUUUGUGGGGUUUUCUUGUUAUAGUUUUAAAGAGCAACUAAGUCAAAGCAAUACAACACUUGUCUGGUCAUCUAGCACCAAAUUAAAUGCAAGUGUAAGAACAAAAGGAAGAAAGGAAAACAAAGAUGAAAAAGAAUAAAAUAAAGAAAUAAUAUAUAACAGUUGGCAUUGAAAGACUAAACAUUUUAUCUCAAUUAUCUGAAUGGUUAUAAAUAAAUACUUGUAAAUUUUCCAAAAUGUUUGAGCCAUGGUUGUAGGACAUUAUUGUGUUCAGUGGUUCCAGGUUCUUGCAAUCUUGUUCAAAGAUGUGGGUAAGACAAAAAUGAAGUUGGAAGUGCAACAUUUAGUGAAAAUGAAGAAGAAGGAAAGGGGCUGAGGAAAGCCUGCAGUGCAAAAAGAAGUAAGAAAAACAAAGACAUGACAAGCACAGUAGACAGCCACUACAAGAACAAUGGGAGAGCAGUCACUGGGAAGUCAACUACUCCUGUCCUUCAUAUCCUCUUCUGAUGUCAGAAUCAGGCCAUGAAUUACAAAUCAGGCCCAAUUAUCCGUCCUUCUGGAAAUGCCCUAAUCUACGCCCUCACCAUUGUAAAAUACUGUAUUCAAGUGAUGUGUUUACAGAAGCAGGUGCCUUUAUUAAAUCCUAUAGUAAUGUUUGCCUUAAAGAGAAAAUAGAACACUUGGAGCAUUAGCUACUAUAUGUAUUGCUGGGCAUAGUGGCACAUGCCUGUAAUCCCAGCUGAAGU